GCCCGCAGCGCGAGACGGCGCCUCAGGGCCGGGCGGCGCUUCCGCGGCCGCUGCUCCGCCGCGCUUGGCGGGCGGAGCGUCCCCCCGGGCCGGGUGAACACACCGGGUGAACACACCGGGUGAACACACCGGGUGAACACACCGGGAGUUCCGCGGCCUUUCAGUGAUACAGGAUGCUGUUUCCUUUGGUAUUGUGUGCAGUUAUGCUGAUAGGGAGCUGUAAAGUUCAAGAAGAUGAAUGGAUUGACCCCACUGAUAUGCUCAAUUAUGAUGCAGCAUCAGGAACAAUGAGAAGACCUUACAAGGGAAACUAUCAUGACUCUGAGGAUAAGGCUCUGGAUACAGUCAGUACUGAAAUCUCACAAAGUUGUUCCAGGGUAAUAGAUUCCUUGCAACACAAGAUUGCAGAAUGUGAGAAGAGGACUGCCAAAUCACAUGAAAGCCGCAGCUUUUAUAUUUUUAAGCGAUACUUGAAUAAGAUUUUAAAUGAAGCUGGAAAACUUGGCCUUCCUGAGGAAAGCGUGGGCUACGUCCAUUACGAUGCUGAGAUCAUUCUUACAAGACAGACGUAUGUGGAGAUCCUUAGGUUUGUCAAUGAGGAAGCCUGGCAGCCAGGUGCCCUGGAUGAGGCACUGAGUGAUAUUUUGAUAAAUUUUAAACACCAUGAUGAUCAAGCUUGGAAGUGGAGAUUUGAAGAUGCUUUUGGAAUUGAUCUAUAUAAUUUGUUUUUGCUACUCUUGUGCUUAGUGUGCAUUGUAAUUGUAAUAGCUACAGAACUCUGGACACGUAUUCUUUGGUUUGUUCAGCUAAAACGUGUUUUAUUAAUAAGCUUUUUCAUCAGUUUUGCAUGGAAUUGGCUUUACUUGUAUAAGCUGGCUUUUGCUCAGCACCAGGCAGAGAUUGCCAAGAUGGGGCAGUUUGAUAAUGUCUGUGAGGAGAAGCUGGACUGGCGGGGAAGUCUUAUCGAAUGGCUUAGAAGUACAUGGACGUUUCAGAACGAUCCCUGUCAGAAGUACUAUGAAACUCUGCUUGUAAAUCCUAUUUUGCUGGUUCCACCAACAAAGGCCUUGGCAAUAACUUUCACCAACUUUGUAACUGAGCCUUUGAAGCACGUAGGACAAGGUAUUGGUGAGUUCAUCAAGGCACUUAUGAAGGAGAUACCAUUAAUUCUGCAGGUUCCAGUGCUCAUUAUGAUGGCUCUGGCUGUCCUGGCUUUUUGCUAUGGUGCAGGAUCAUCAGUGUCUGCAUUAAGAUAUUUAACGUCUUCUCAGAAGAAAAGUCUUCCUCUGCCUGCGAGUCAGCAGGAGCAAAUAGCCUUCGGGCAGUACGAAGGGAGGCCAGCAGAUGAGUAUUAUUUGCAGAAGCAUCCUUCUGUCCCCAGAGGCCACCAGGACAGAGGGGAUGCCUCCACAAGGCCUCUCCCCACGGCGAGACCGGGCAAUGGCAGCAGGAGCCCGGACACGGCGCACACCAGCGACAAGCCGGAUGCACAGAACAGAUUGUACACUGAAUCUGAAGUGCAUAGACUUGGAAAUCUCAAAGCUGAAAACUUGAAUGAAGAACCUGCACUUGAGCAGCAAAAACAGGAGACAGGUAAAGCUGAGGGAGAGACUGGAGAAAAUGGUGACCCUAAUAGAAACCUAGAAGGGAAAAGUUCUGCUAUGGAACCAUCUGAAGAGAAGAAAAAGAUUGUUUUACAUGACUCCCAGGAAAGAGACUAAGGAAGACCCAAGCUUUUCGUGGAGUAGAGGAUGUUGCCACUGAAGCAGCUGAGAGUCUGUUCUUCUCCUGGAAGCAGCACCUCUGAUCAUCCAUCCUGUUACUCUGGAACCGACUCAGCAGAUCAAAAAAGCCUUCAUCUGCCAUUGUCUCCCGACUGCUUUUCUGAAAAGGAGAAGAUUUAGGGGUAUUUGAACUUAAGAGUACCUACAGCUGGGACAACUGCAGCAGAGUUUUAGUCUAGUGAUACGUUUGAUAUUUGUGUAUCUGAAAUUUAUUAAAUGAAUUUUUUUAGUCAA